AAUAGUGAAUACUGAAUAUUAGGCACUGGACAAGAACAUUGGUACACCGUGUUGUUGGAAUGUGAAUGCCCUGUUUCUAUUUAAUUUCUCACUUGUCCAAAAUAUAGACACGGGAAUAUUGAAGGAAUUCCAGUCAGGUUGUAAUUAAACGUAGUGGUAACCUGAUGGCACCUACUAGCAUAGAAGAGCUUCCCGAGGAGCUUUUGCUGGAGGUGUUCACUUACUUACCAUUUUCUGACAUCGUCACUUGCUCCCGAGUGAGUAGGCGGUGGCAGAGCGUGACGCACAGUAGCCGCCUGUGGAGGAACUUACGGUACCGGGGCAAAGGCGAGAACAGGCUGAAGGAGGCGUUCGAGAUCACGAAGCUGGCGCACGGCUUCCACAGCCUGUCGCUGGAGCUGUGCCACGGCACGGGCGUGACGAUGUCGCGGGGCGAGAUCCUCGUGUCGCUCUCCCCACUGGCGUGGGUGGCGUUCCGGCCGACACUGGCGGAGGUGGUGGAGCGGCUGUCGCCGGACCUCACAGAGCUGACGGUGGCGGGUCCCGGCCACCUGGAGCACCACCUGCGCCUGGUGCACCGGCUGCUGCUCGUCGCGCCCUUCCGCCGCCUCACGUCGUUCCGCGCGCUCUCGCAGUGCGGUACUGUGGUGGACGACGCGACUCUGGGGGUGCUCUGCGAUCACUGCCCUCUGCUCGAAACUCUCGUCCUCGAAGGCUGCCCCGCGGAUCGGCUGACGGCCACGGGCGGCCUGGCCCAACUCUGCCGGCUGCCGAGGUUGCGGACCCUGCGGCUGGACCGCAAGCUGUCCUUCGAAGACUUCAGCGAGAUGGCGGCGUGUCUGAACGAGCGACUGCGCCGACCGGAUGCGGCGGUGCACUGCGGCUGCAAGGCGCACGACCUGUCUUUCCUGCCGCAGUGCCGCGGGCUCGUCUCGCUGCACCUGUCGCCGUGCGACGAGUUCGCAUGCGCGCUGCCGCGGCUGCGCUCUCUGACGCUGAAGUGCGACGACGUGCAGGCGGUCGGGGACCGGCUGGACGCGGCGGUGCGGGUGCUGCCGCAGCUGCGCGAGCUGUGCCUGCUCGGUCGCUGGUGGGUGGGCGACGAGCACUUGCGCCGCAUCCGCGCCGUCGCGCCCGUCUCUUACCUGUACCGGUCGGAGCUGUCGACCACGGGCAAGGUGUGCCUCGGAAUCAGGUUUGAGAGGUCCUAA